CUGAUGGGGGACCAGGGGCUGUAGUUCCAGGCGGAAGGCACUACCGGGGCAAAGGCGCGGGGGUGGGAAUAAACAAACUUGGAGAACAGAUUAGACCAGAGAGGUUACCAAAACCAGGCCAAGAUGGGCCUCAAGUGCCAAGCUGGGGAGCUGACACCAUCCUGAGGGUGAUGAGGAAGGGUUUUGAGCUGGGGAGGAACCUGGAGGAUGUAAGUCAGAAAGACCCCUCCAGCCACGCUGAGAGGAAGUCCCCACCAUACACUGAGACCUUGGCGGGGUAACUUCCUUUUGGGUCUCCUCUCCUCUUCUGUAAACGGGGGAGAAGAUUGCCCCCACCCCACAAAGGCUAGUGCAUCCCUUCCGAGUCAGGCAUUAGUGAGCUCCCAGGUGGUGUGAAGCCCCACUCCUCUCCUGCCUGGUUUCCAUUUUAUUCCACAAACAUUUAUUAAGCACCUACCAUGCACCAGACACUUUCUCCGCCCUAGGGCCACAUCGGAAGGUCUUUGACCCCCCUGAGGAGUUGGAGCGGAAGGUAUGGGAGCUGGCACAGCUGGUCUGGCAGUCCUCCAACGUGGUGUUCCACACGGGCGCGGGCAUCAGCACAGCCUCAGGCAUCCCCGACUUCAGCCCCACAGAGCUGGAGAGUCUGUGUCCACCUGUGUCUCUCCCCACAAGAUGGAGGACUCCUUGAGGGCAGGACCUGGGUCCCCUAGGGCCCCAGCAUCACCCAGCGCAGGGCCAGGCUCAGUGCAGCAGCAGGGCCCCCAUGGCGUCUGGACGAUGGAGGAGCAGGGCCUGGCCCCCAAGUUCGACACCACCUUCGAGAACGCGCGGCCCACGAAGACUCACAUGGCACUGGUGCAGCUGGAGCGCGUGGGCCUCCUGCGCUUCCUGGUCAGCCAGAACGUGGACGGGCUGCACGUGCGCUCUGGCUUCCCCAGGGACAAGCUGGCAGAGCUUCACGGAAACAUGUUUGUAGAAGAAUGUGUCAAGUGUAAGACGCAGUACGUCCGGGACACCGUGGUGGGCAGCAUGGGCCUGAAGGCCACCGGCCGGCUCUGCACCGUGGCCAAGUCAAGGGGGCUGCGGGCCUGCAGGGGGGAGCUGAGAGACACUAUCCUGGACUGGGAAGACUCCCUGCCUGACCGGGACCUCACUCUGGCCGAUGAGGCCAGCAGCUCCUGUGUACUGAGCCCUCAUACCUCCGGCCCCGGCCAGAGGCCUCACACACCAUCCUCACCACAGCCCAGGGUGGGUGCUGCUCGGGGCCCAUUUUACAGACGAGGAAACCGAGGCUGGAGCAAGCUGACACCUCCGUCCACACUGCCCAGCCAGGAAGUGACUGAGCCAGGUCUGGAACCCAGGGGUCCAAGUGGGGACAUCAGCAGCUCCACUUCUGCCGACGGGGUGGGGUGGCUCCGGCAGAAGGGAAGCGGCGGGCAGGAUUCAGAGCAGCUUGGAAACUGGGGCAAGCUGGCCCCCAGACAGAGAUGGGCGCUGUGUGAGCCGGCCUCCCAGGGCUGGCCCCGGCGUAUCAGCAGAGCAGUGAAGCCAUGGCAUUUGAGCAAGGGUGGGGUGGCGUGUGUGUUGGAGACGUCCCGCCCCCAGCCUCGUGGGGCAGGAGGAGGGCUACAGAGACCCUUGCCGAGGGGCUCAGGCUAAUCCCACCUCCUGGCCCCAGGAACGCGGACCUGUCCAUCACGCUGGGCACCUCCCUGCAAAUCCGGCCCAGCGGGAACCUGCCCCUUGCCACCAAACGCCACGGAGGCCGGCUGGUCAUUGUC